UAUCCUUCCGUCCGUGUCAGCCCCACAGGACCUGCUUGGCGUGCGCCUGCACUCUUGGGCCGAUUCUGCUGUUGGGUUGAUUCCGGACUUGUGCCGAGCGACUUCAGGGCCUUUGGUCUUCAGGAUGGCGGAAGAAAUACAAAACCAGGAUAAAAUGGGACAAACAGCAAAUGAAGAUCCAAUGGAUGUCAAGAAAGAGACUCAAGAGAAAACUCAUUCAACCACAUCUGCGAAAAGUGAUGAUUUUGAUUGGGACAUAUAUUUGAAAGAGACUGGCUCUCAAAGUGCUCCUCCAGAGUGCUUCAGACAGUCUAAGAUUCCUCCUGCUAACGACUUCAAAAUUGGCAUGAAAUUGGAAGUUCGUGACCCUCGCAAUAAUACUUCAGUGUGUAUUGCCACAGUUGUUGGAAUUUCUGGGGCCAGAUUACAUUUACGGCUGGAUGGUAGUGACAGUAAUAACGAUUUUUGGAAGCUUGUUGAUUCUUCAGACAUACAGCCUGUUGGAUCAUGUGCAAAGAGAGGAAACUUACUUCAGCCUCCACUGGGAUUCCAGAUGAAUGUAUCAUCUUGGCCAGGGUUCCUUUCAAGAAUACUGAGUGGACCUGACCUGGCACCUGCAACAGUCUUCAAGAAGGAACCAUCAAAGCCACCCCUAAAUAAUUUUAAAGUGGGGAUGAAGCUGGAAGCUACUGACAGAAAGAACCCAUAUUUCAUCUGCCCGGCAACAGUUGGAAAUACUAGAGGAGAUGAAGUUUACAUCACGUUUGAUGGCUGGGGUGGAGCAUUUGAUUACUGGUGCAAGUAUGAUUCUAGAGAAAUUUUCCCAAUUGGGUGGUGUUGCCUGACAGGAGAUGUAUUACAACCACCAGGGGAUAAAGUUCCUAUUGCAAAGAAUACAGAAAAAAUAGAAUCUUCCCCUUCUGACGCAACCCAGCAUUCAAUGCAGUCUCCACAGGAAACUGCUGUAAUACUGCCAGCACAACUCAGGAAAUCAUCUCGAAUUAAACCACCUGGACCUCCUCCAGCCCCUAAGAAGGGCGGUUCUUAUAAAACUGUCACACCAAAGAAAAAAAAUCAAAACUCAGGAAAAAAGGAAAAAACUAUUCCUGUGUUGUGUUCGACAUCUACAACUUCUCUAAGAACACUGGCAAGAAUUUCACAUGAUAGGAAUAUCGAUCCCGCUCCAUCUAAAAUUGUGAUGUCUACAGUCUGUGUCUAUAUAAACAAACGUGGAAACACUGGCCCUUACCUGGACCCAAGGAGAAUCCACCAACUGCCUGAUCAUUUUGGCCCAGGCCCUGUGAAUGUUAUACUCCGGCGGAUUGUGCAAGCCUGUGUGGAUUGUGCCUUUGAUGCAAAGACUGUUUUUGGGUUUCUUAAGCCAGAUAAUCGUGGAGGAGAAGUGAUAACUGCCUCCUUUGAUGGUGAAACUCAUUCCAUCCAGCUGCCUCCAGUAAAUAGUGCAUCCUUCGCACUUAGAUUUCUUGAGACUUUGUGCCGGACACUGCAGUGUAAUAACCUUUUGAGUAGCCAGCCUUUCAGCUCUUACAGAGGUAAUACUGAAAGCUCUGCAGAGCGAGAUAAAAAUGUACCAGUGAAAGAAGAUAUACCAGAAAAGCAAAGCACGAAACGAUCUUCUGAGCAACCUAUACCUUGUGAUGUUCCUGUCUCUCCUAAAGUGCCCAAAACAAUGAUGCAUGUUUGUAAAGAAGAACCACUGUCUCCUGAAGGAGAAGACAUGCCCAAAGAGGAAGAGCUUGAAAAAUUGGAGAAUUCACCUUUAAUUUCAGGAGAUCCUUUGAAUACUAUCGGUAGCAAUCUCACACAUACUUCAGUCCAUAGGGCUUUUCCUCAAAAUGAGCCGAGCACCUCAAGUUCAACACUUGAUGAUACCGAAUCAUCUACCAGGAGCAGUUACUGUGAAGCUAAAUUCCAAAUGCAUAAGAAAAAUGAAGCUUCAAGUUAUAUAGGUGUACCUGACCCCAGUGUCCUGAAACAAGGCUUAUCUAAGGACCCUUCUACCUGGUCUGUGGAUGAAGUCAUACAGUUCAUGAAACGUACAGAUCCUCAAAUAUCAGGCCCCCUCGCCGACCUCUUCAGGCAACAUGAGAUUGAUGGGAAAGCUCUGCUUCUACUCAAGAGUGAUGUGAUGAUGAAGUAUAUGGGGCUGAAGCUGGGACCAGCAAUAAAGUUAUGUUACUAUAUUGACAAACUUAAAGAAGGAAAAUAUAAUUAAAAAUGUCAAUUUAGAUUAGGCAUAAUUCUCAGGUAUACUAAUAAGAUUUUAAUUUAAAAGUUAUUUUCUUAGCAGUUUUUAUGUCAUAGAAAGUUUCUAUAAAAAUGUUUUAUCAGAAUUUCUAGAUUACAUUAACAGUCCAGUCUGCGUCUUUAAAAGCCAUUUAACAUGCUAGUAUUAACAUUUUCAAAUUGGUAGAUCAUUUGUAUGUUUAUUAUUUUUAUUGUGUAUUUUACAAAUAUACUUAAUGUAGUAAACAAAAAAACAUUUUAUUUGGCUUAAUCUUUGUAUUUAGAACCAAAACAGCUACAUCCCAAAGAGGAAAAUAGUAAGAGAUUCAGCAGCUUUUAUAAUUAUAAAACACAUGAGAAUUUUUCCUCAGAAAAAAGUUUAAAGAUGUACCUGUAGCUAUUAUCUCUUUCUUAAAAAAUAUUUUCUUUCUGAUUCUAGUGUUCUGUUCAUGUUUUAAGAAUUUCUAGAAAAUGUAUAGCCAUAUAAGUUAUAUUCCUUUCUUUUAUUCUUUCAGUGUUGUAUUUGUUCAUAUUUAAAGGAAAAAGCAAGCUUAUAAGCAUUCAUAAAGUGUUCUUACCUGUUUUUUUAUAAUUUUUAAAAACAGGAUUGAUAGAAUGAUCAUUUUGUGCAAAUGUUUAUACUACAAGAGUGGUUUGGAUGAAGCAGGAUUAAAAUUUUUCACUAAAAUGCAUAUAACUGUAAACCUAUAUUUUUGCUAAGCUUGGACUUCAGACAUUCAUUUCACAUAUCUCUAUAUCUGUGUCCAAAUUUUUAAGAGAUAUAUAUUUUAUUGUAUGUGUUUAUUCCUCAUAUGUAUAAUUUACCAUAUUUAUAUACUAUUCUUAUAGUAUAUAUUUUCUUUUUGAAUUUAAUAUGGCACUUUGCACUGCCACCAAUGUAAGAGUGAGCUAUGAAUAUAGUUAGAUGUUUUUACUCAACAAAAAUAUGUGCAUCGUUUGCUAUCACCAGUACCUCUCAGCUUGCUCUUCAAAUAAUAAGAAACAAUCAUUAGAUUGGUUUCCAUGCAGUGAAUUCUCUAUCCUAUGCAAUGUUUCUUAUUAAUUUGCUUGGUUCUGAGCCAUUUAUUCUGCUACAUUUUGGAAGAUACAUUAGUUCUGACUAUUUUGGUUUUUGAAAGUUAGAACUUUCAGGGGGAAAUGGUGCUAUAUGUCUAUUGUUACUACUUGGAUAAUACUAAUAAGCUAUGAAAGUCGCUUAUAAAAAUAUUAGCCAUUUGUUUUAAAUGCCAAUAAAAUAUUCACCAGGGCCAUAAUGUACAUUUUGUUUCUAGAAAACUAAGUGUACUUUAGGUAAGAAAACUGAGUGUACUUUAGAUAAGAACACAAUUAUUUGAAGGAUCAUUUCAUCUGUGUUAGUCCCUUGUUAUGAGACUAGAUUCUUACUUAAACUUGGUCUUGUUUCAAAUUGUUUGUAUGAAGAUACUGUGCUCAUUAUAACAGUCCUCAGGUAUUUAUAAAAAUACUGAGUUUUACAGUUUUCAUACUUUAAAAUAUAAUAAAAUUAACU